CUCCCUUUCUCAGCUCCUCCUUCGCGCUGGCACCGCCUCUCUUCCUGCGGCGGGUGCGACGCGAGUUUAGGCGCCGGCAGCGUGGAGAUGAUGGCGGGGUCUCCGGCGUCCCUGUCGGGACAGGACGUAGGAUCGUUUGCAUAUCUUACAAUUAAAGACAGAAUACCACAGAUCUUAACCAAAGCUAUUGAUACAUUGCAUCGACAUAAAAAUGAAUUUUUUGAGAAACAUGGAGAGAAAGGCACAGAAGCUGAAAAGAAAGCAAUUUCUCUUCUUUCUAAAUUACGAAAUGAAUUGCAAACAGAUAAACCAAUAAUCCCUUUUGUUGAGAAGUUUGUUGAUACUGACAUAUGGAAUCAGUACCUAGAAUAUCAACAGAGUCUUAUAAAUGAAAAUGAUGGGAAACCCAGGUGGUUUUACUCACCUUGGUUGUUUGUAGAGUGCUACAUGUAUCGUAGAAUUCAUGAAGCAAUUAUCCAAAGUCCGCCAAUCGAUGACUUUGAUGUAUUUAAAGAAUCAAAAGAGCAAAAUUUCUUUGAGUCACAGGAAUCUCUCAUUGCUUUGUGUACUCACCUACAAGAGUUGAGAACAACUAUUGAAGACCUAGAUGAAAAUCAGCUGAAAGAUGAAUUUUUCAAACUUCUUCAGAUUUCGCUGUGGGGCAAUAAAUGUGAUCUGUCUCUAUCGGGCGGGGAAACCAGUUCUCAGAGAACCAACAUAAUAAAUUCUGUGGAGGAACUAAAACCUUUCAUUUUAGUGAAUGACAUGGAACAUCUUUGGUCACUGCUUAACAACUGCAAAAAAACAAGAGAAAAAGCGUCUGUUACUAGAGUAGAUGUUGUUCUGGAUAAUUCUGGGUUUGAACUCGUUACGGAUUUAGUAUUAGCUGACUUUCUGUUGUGCUCUCAACUGGCUACCGAGAUCCAUUUUUAUGGAAAAACUAUUCCGUGGUUUGUUUCUGAUACUACUGUCCAUGAUUUUAACUGGUUAAUUGAACAAAUGAAAGGUUCUAAUCACAAGUGGAUGUCCAAGUGUGGGGCCGACUGGGAAAACUCUAUUAAAAUGGGCAGAUGGGUUUACCAUGAUCAUAUAUUUUGGACUCUUCCUCAUGAAUUCUGUGUAAUGUCUCAGGUUGCUCCUGACUUAUAUGCCGAACUACAAAAGGCACAUUUAAUUUUAUUCAAGGGUGAUUUGAACUAUAGGAAGCUGACAGGCGAUAGAAAGUGGGCAUGUACCAUUCCCUUUCAUCAGGCUCUGCGAGGGUUCCAUCCUGCCCCUCUCUGCAGUGUAAGGACAUUAAAGGCCGAGGUUCAGGUGGGGCUGCAGCCCGGGCAAGCUGAACAGCUCGCAGCCUCCGAGCCCAACUGGAUGACCACCGGGAAGUAUGGAAUAUUUCAGUUUGAUGCUCCGCUCUGACUUGCUUUAGGAUGUCUUAAGUUGUCUGGAAAAAUCUGACAGUCGCUUGGCAUCCCCAGAAAGGCAGUGUGCGAAUUGAGUCACGGGGCUGCUCUGCCUGGCUCUGGGAAGCCUGGCUUCUCGGUGCUCCCGUAUGUGCACUCUGGACGCUUCUCUCUUCGAACGUUUUGCCCCACGACAUUGUUUGGGAGAUAGACGGAGUAAGCUAGUUACAGAGAUUUACGUUUCUGUUGGCAUUUUGGUAACUUAUUUCAAGUUAAAUGCAUAAUUUCAAGUGGUACUAAUGAACCUAUUUUUAAUUGGGCAGAAAGUAAAAUAAUGCGUGAAUUCUGCUUUUAAAGUUCGUUAACAUUCUUUUAAUGCUAUGCUGCAUGGUAUUUACAAGCAUGGGAUUUUAUUUAACUUGUUUUGGCGCUCUAAAAAUAAGGGCUCUGGGAAGACAUUUUAAAUACGCUUUGAAAAGAGAGGGAUUUCUUACAGCUGUGACAUUUGAACAAUGGACGUAAAGAUUACUUACCUCAUAAGUUAGUUUUAAAUUUUGUUCUCCUUGAAUUUUAUUUCCUUUUAAAUACCCUGUUUUAUUUGCACGCCUUUGUAUUUUGAUUGACCUGCGGAAUGGACACUAGGAAACCCAAGAUUGAACAGAAACAACUGGUAUUUGAAGAACCGUGGUACCUUUUUACAUUCUAUUUGCAAGGUCCAUGAUCAACUGAAAUGUAGUAUUUUAACACGUAAGUGUUUUAAAUGAACAGAUUUUUAGAUUGGUCUGCAGUUUAGAAAAAAUGCUUUAGAUAAAAAAGAUUCUUGUGCAUUGAAUUUGGAGUACUACCAACAAGUUAAUUUUUUACAUGCUUACACAUUUUUUGGUGACUACUUCAUAUUAAAGACUAAGUUUCAGGUCAGUUUGCUUUGAAACUGAAAUUGGAAAUAAACCUGGAAAUGUUUUUCCUGAACUGGUAUAAUAAAAUGAAUUGCAC